UCUUCGUGAGUUGGGAGGUCUCCAACAAUGGAGAAUUUCGGUGGAGGGAAUUGGACGAUGAUUCCCAACAUUCAAUCCCAUAGUAAUCCCGCUACUCCGUCAAAUCAGGAUCAUUUGUUCCUUCAACAGCAGCAGUUCAAUCAGCAGCAGCAGCAAUUUCAGCAGCAAUUCAAUCAGCAACAGGCGCGUUUCCAACAACCACCACAACAGCAGCAGCAGCAACAACAACAACAACAGCAUCACCAGUCUCUCGCCUCUCACUUUCAUCUGCUCCAUCUGGUGGAGAAAUUAGCUGAUGUGACUGAAAAUGGGGCUAGGGAUCAGCAAACUGAUGCUUUGGUUGGUGAGUUGAACACACAGUUUGAGAAAUGCCAGCAACUAUUAAACUCUAUCUCAGGCACAAUUAAGGCCAAAUCCACGACUGUUGAGGAACAAAAGCACAGGCGGGAGGAAACUGAGAAAUUGCUGAUGCAACGAAGGGAUCUUAUAUCAAAGUACAGAAGUUCAGUUCAAGAACUCAUCCAGGAUCAAAUCUAAGUGCUUGCCCUCUAAUUUGGGUAAAAUCCCUUGUGUUCUUGCAUCCUUACAACACGAAAAACCAUUGUUCUAACUCUUUGGUGUACCUGAUAGAGGUAUAUAUAUAUAUAUAUAUAUGUUCUCAUUUGUGGCUCAGAUAUAGUUGGAAAGUUUUUGUAAUGUUGAUAUUGAUAUUUGUUGAUUUUCUGCUUUGUAAUGACUUCUUUAUUUUAGAUCAUUGGAACCAAAUGGUUUGGGUUA